AUUAAACUUCCGGUAUUAUGUUUUUCCCGUUCUUUUCUAUCGGCCUGAACCAUCAUGGGACGUGUCAGGACGAAGACGGUGAAGAAGGCCGCGCGGGUCAUCAUUGAGAAAUACUACACCCGCCUGGGCAACGACUUCCACACCAACAAGAGGGUGUGCGAGGAGAUCGCCAUCAUCCCCAGCAAGAAGCUGCGCAACAAGAUUGCAGGGUAUGUCACCCAUCUGAUGAAGCGCAUCCAAAGAGGUCCUGUCAGAGGCAUCUCCAUCAAACUGCAGGAGGAGGAGAGGGAGAGGAGGGACAACUAUGUCCCCGAGGUCUCUGCUUUGGACCAAGAGAUCAUUGAAGUAGAUCCUGACACCAAAGAGAUGCUGAAGUUGCUGGACUUUGGCAGCCUGUCAAACCUGCAGGUGACCCAGCCCACCGUCGGAAUGAAUUUUAAAACGCCCAGAGGAGUGUAGACUUUUGUAAUAUAUUUCCCCCUCAAUAAAGAGGAAAAAAAAUGA